CGUCAUAUAAGCCGGCUGGCAAGGCACAGAAAAAGCGUGAAAAAUGAGGUUUUGUUGAGCGAUUAACAUACAAGUUGGAAGUAGAAGCUACCUUUGUUGGUUUUGGUUAUAUGAGUUGAGAAUGGAAGAAGGCGUGAGGAGAUGGGUGGUGGACAUAUCAAAGUGGGACCCACACCCCUCUCACUUCUCCUUCCUUCUCUCCCUUCUUCCUUUCCAACACCACUCCUCUGUUACCAGGUUCUCUUUAUCCAAUUCACUUUCGUUUGUUAAAAUGGAAGACAGGAAACGUGCACUUGUCAGCCGCAUGCUUCAGUACGCUCUUGUCCAUGAGGUGUUGCAAAUCCCUUUUACUGACAUUCUCAUAAAACGAACUUUGGAAGGCAAACCAUAUUUGGACUAUGAUAAAUGUGGUCUUAGAUUCCCAAAUUUUAAUUUCAAUGUAUCCCAUCACGGUGACUAUGUGGCCAUAGCAUCUGAACCUGUAUGUCUUGUGGGAUUAGACAUUGUCUCCUAUGAUGUUCCACAGGGAGAAACAAUUACAGAAUUCAUUAAAUUCUUCUCAUCAUACUUUUCAAGUUUCGAAUGGGAUAACAUAGUCAAUGCUGGCACUUCUGAUGAUGUACUAAUUGAAUUUUACAGAUAUUGGAGCUUAAAAGAAGCAUAUGUUAAAGCUAUAGGGAGUGGACUGACUGAAGGGUUAAAUAAAGUGGAAUUUUCUCAUACGAGAUGGACUAAUAUAUCAGUGAAAGUGGAUGGGAAGGUUAUGACAGAGUGGAGAUUUUGGCAGUUUGAACUUGACGAUAGACAUUGUGUUUCAAUUGCCAGAGUUCACCCAAUAUCAGCUGCUAUGAGUUACAAAGCAACUUUGAGGAAAGUGGACUUUACUGAAGAAGAAUAUACUCUAGGUCUUCAUCUUCCAAAUGUAGACAUUGUUGAACUAGGAGUAGAACAACUUAUCUCAAUUUUACAUAAAGCACUUGAUUGUAAGCAUAAAGGUUAGAUGUAAAUGUAAAUCUAUGAAAAAAUAUUUGUACAUGUUGACAAAAAUAUUGUUAUUUUUACAGCUAAAAUUCAAUAUAUGGAAAGAAAAGCACACUUUCUCUA